AUGUUUUUGAUAUUGAAUCGUUUGCAUUCACAUUCACUCGAGGCCUCACUCGUCCCAGCACCAAUUCCACCAUUGAUAUCCUACAAGGAAAGUCAAUCGAUCGCAAUCAAGUUCUUGGAUGCGAUCUCUUUUGGUGCCAUUGGCAUUGCCCUUCUUGUCAUCGCUGUGGCUAUCCUUCGUGUCAUCAGGGCCAUCGAUCGCGAGCUCAUCGUCUCUAUGGGAGUUUUUUUUAUUGUCUCGGAGUCUCCCUUGUCCAUGGCUGAUUUGAGAAAGAAAAUGACACCAUCGGCCAUAUUCAGUUCUGAACAAGUGUUGGUAAUACAGGCCGCCUUUAUUGCAUUAAAGCUGAAAGAGAAGAAGGCUGCUUCUGUGAAAGGAUCUACUCGUCGUCCUGACAUGUCUAAUGGCGCUGCCAUCGCUGAGCUUUGCGACCUAUGCGCCAACACUUCCCCCCUGAAGGAUACUACUACCAAUGAUCCUUCUAAAAAUGAGAGCUUUUAA